AUGCCAGCUUCAAGUGGAGAUAGCGUUAAAGUGGCUGUGCGGGUCCGGCCAUUCAACCAGAGAGAGAAAAAUGCUGAGGCAAAGUGCAUCAUUUCCAUGGAAGGCAAGUCGACGACUAUUAAGAAUCCUGAAACCGGAGACAGCAAGACAUUUUCGUUCGACUACUCCUACUGGUCUCACGACGGAUUUACCGAGGAUCAGAAUGGCGUGUUCCUCCCCAACGAGGGGUCCAACUAUUCAGAUCAGCAAAGCGUUUUCCGAAACUUGGGCCAGGGAGUGCUGGACAAUGCCUGGCAGGGCUACAACGCGGCCCUGUUCGCCUACGGACAGACAGGUUCCGGCAAGAGUUACUCCAUGAUCGGCUACAACACCAACAAGGGCAUUGUCCCCAUCACCUGCGGCGAGCUGUUCAAAGCCAUUGAUGCCAACACGGAGAAAGAAACACAGCUCAGAGUAUCAUUCAGCAUGUUGGAAAUCUACAAUGAACAAGUCCGAGAUCUUUUAUCCAAGACCAAGCAGAAAGCUGGCGGCCUUAAAGUGCGACAAAAUCCUAAAAGUGGAUUUUAUGUUGAAGGUCUCAAGCUAGUGCCCGUGAAGAACUACAGUGCCAUUGAAAAGCUGAUGGAGCAAGGAACGUACAACAGAACGACAGCUUCCACCAACAUGAACGCGACAAGCAGUCGCUCUCACAUGGUUAUUACAAUCAAAUUUGAACAGAUUUUUAUAAACAAAUCUGGUGAAAGCACGACAAAGAGUUCUGAAAUUAAUUUGGUGGAUUUAGCUGGAAGCGAGCGUGCCAAUUCCACGGGGGCGACCGGAGAUCGGCUUAAGGAGGGGUCGGCCAUCAAUCAGAGUUUGUCUACACUAGGCAAUGUUAUCAGUGCCCUGGCCGAUGUUGCUAUGGGUAAGAAGAAAGUCCUGGUUCCCUACAGAGACUCGGUUCUCACCAAACUUCUACAGUCUGCUCUUGGAGGAAACAGCAGAACCAUCAUGAUAGCUGCUCUGAGCCCGGCUGACAUGAACUAUGAUGAAACAUUGUCAACUCUCAGAUAUGCCGACAGAGCAAAGAAAAUCCAGAACAAGGCCGUGAUAAACGAGAGCCCGACAGAGCGACUGAUCCGCGAACUGAAGGAAGAGAAUGCGCGUCUGCUCAAAAUGAUACAGGGAUCACAGGGAAUCAAGAGUCUGGCUGAAGGAGAAGAUCGUGAGCUGGCAGAGAGAAUGUUGGAAGAGAAUAAGAAAAGGAUGCUGGAAAUGGAAAAGACCUGGGAGCAAAGGCUGGAAGAAGCGAGAAUGGAAUGGGAGAAAGAGUUCCGGAACAGUUCAAACCGACAACAUGACUGGGAUCACCUGCCCUACAUCCUGAAUGUGAACGAGGACUCGCAGCUCACUGGAGUUAUCAAACACUGCAUCCACAAAGGUCAAUCACUGAUUGGAAAACCUGGCAGUUUUGAAGUCACAAUAGGCAUCAAAGGAUUUGGAAUACAGAAACAACACGCGAGAAUUGAGAAUGAUGGGAAGACUGUGAUAAUCAGACCCUGCAGUGUGGAAAGCACCAUCAGUGAUCGUCUGAGGUUUGGUUCCAACAGUCUAUUUCUGUACAUGGGUUACCCCAAGGAGCGGCAGGACAAAGACAGCAUAGAGAGUUACAACUUUGACUUCUUCAUGCUGGAGCUGACGGAACAUGAGUGUGUGGCGGCAGAGCUACAGACGCCGCGGGGGGAACCGACAGGGGGGAUGGCGAUGGAUCACAUCACUCACAUGGUGUUCCAGGAUUACGUCAACCUCAAACCAGCUAUCUCAGAGGCUAAUGCUAUCAGUGAGGAGUUUCAAAAGAAAGUCAGGUUUGAACUAGAAAUUAAAAGCCAUGCCAGUCAUGACACAUCAGCCAAGGCAAAAGAGAAGGAGAUCAUUGUCAGAGUUACAAACAUGAACACAAAGAAGGUGUGGGUGUGGGACAAGGACAAGUUUCUACAUCGCAAGGUUCUCAUGGAUGAGAUUUACCAGCGACACAUAGAGGGUGAGCGCAUCACUCUGUCACAUGACAAUGACCCGUUCUGGGAUCCCGUUGAAGACAUAUAUUUGGCCAGCUGUCACGUGAGACUUCAGAGCUUGUCGUACAACCUGGAUGUGGACGAACACUUCGCGCUACACAACUACCACGGCAAGGAGGAGGGCGUGGUGCACGUGCGACUCGUGCCGUGUGACAGGGCGGGCAGACCCCUGGGGGAGGACCACAUGAUGGAGCCGGCAGAUCUACUCGACAAGCCCUUCGACUUCACGCUGUCAUUGUUACAGUGCAUGGGUCUGCGCUGGGUGAUGGACGACAUGUCCAGGGGUGUCUUACUCAAAAUUAGAGCCUUUGGGGAGUCAGCCCCCCUGUCGACACAGUCUAUUUGGGGAAAGCCGAUCGCCAGCUUUGACUUCAACAAACAUUUCUCUCUGAAGAUGACGAAGACACUGCUCAACUUUGUACAGAAUGAAUCUCUGGUCAUCGAACUGUGGGGAACGCAAUCUGAAAAAGAAUGCCUGCACCCCAGACGAGCAUCUAUUCAUGCUGAUAUAGAACUCUCAACAAAAUCUGACUUGAAGUAUGUGCAGGAGGAAAAGUCAAAGAUACACAAAGAGAAUUUUAAACUGAAAAAUGAACUUGACAUGCAGAAGGAGGCAGCUGCUGUCUCCAGGAUAAGGAGAAACAGCAAUACCACGGAUGCUCCAAUUCUGAAAGGCCAUCGUAGGAGUAGCAUCGUCCCUGUCGACCAUACUCCACCACCUGGACUUGAUGUUGACCUUGCCAAGGCCAUCAAGAUCUUCUUCCGUGACAUGCGUAAUGUUCAGAAUCAACUCAAGGAAAUGAGAGCCACUGUGACUGCUGCUCAGACUGGAAGCAGCCACAACGGGAACCUCAAGGAGUGUCUGGUACAGCAGGAGCAGAAGCUGAAGUCGACCGAGGAGAAUCUCACUACAUGUCUCGCAUCUCUCAAACUGAGCGUCUCCAACACCAUCAAGAAGAGCAAAGGAUCCCCCGAAUCAUGACCCAGACUACACCUAGAUCUUGUGGAAUGUUUGGUGCCUGGAAGACUGUCUGGUCUUAUGUGUUAAAGAUGCUCAUUAUGUGCCUCUGUGUUUUUGUGUAACUGAAGAUUUCAGAGAGACUGUCCACUUGGCUCUAGGACUUGGCUCUAGGUGGUUGUAUCUGUCUACCUGACUGAUUGUGGCUCAUCAUGACUCACCCUGGCCUUUGGAGUCUUGUUCUAGCUCCUACUGUCUCAUCAUGACUCCUGAUGGCUCACCCUGUCUCCUGAUGGUUCAUCCUGGCCGUUGCAGUCUUGUUUUAGCUCCUACUGUCUCAUCAAGGUUCUUGCUGGCCCGGUCUGCUCAUUUGGCUCAGCCAUACUACAUUUCCUGACUGAGAUUUCGUACAUUUCUGAAGAAGAUCUUGGAUGCUCUGCCCAACAGAUUGUGGCUGAUUGUAGCUGCCUGGUUGUGUCAGAUUCAGUCUGUGUUUGUGAUUAUCAACACUGAAAGUGUAACUCUCUAACUGGCCAGCUUUAAGGAUGCUAUCUCAAAGUUGCAUAAUGGCAGCUUCCUGCCAGAAAUAUUUAUUAAAUUUUGUUUUAAAAUGUAAACAAUAUACCAUCAACAAUAUGCCUCUAAAUAUUUUUUAAAAAUAAUUUAAUUUUAAGUAUACAAAAAAACUAAUUGGACAAUCUUUUGUGGAUGACCAAUGGAACUUGGUGCAUUCAUUUGAGGCAAACAUUCCAUAACAUAUUGCCAGGAUGUACAACUCAUCUGUCUGUGAUGAAUUUAUCUAGCAACAAAUACUCAGGAAUCUAGUUGUACUAAAUGCUACAGCAUGCAAACACUUAUAUGUUUAACAUUCAUGAGUUAUUUAUGCAAACAUUAUGUGUGGAAUCGAUUAAUUUGUACUUGUCACAAAUAAAUGUAAAACUAGCAAAAUAAGGCACAUGCAACUAUGAUAUAGCACCUUUAAGUGGCUGGCUAUGCCUGGCAAUAUGUCUGUAAUUGUUCUUUGUGUGGGUAUGUUUGUGUUUGUGAUUGUGAACAGUUUGAAGGCUUUAUGGCUGUGAAGUAUUUUGCUCAUAUAAAUAAAGACUAUGAAGGCCUUGUUAUUAUUGAAUAUUUGAACACAAGAUAGUGACCAUUUACCAUUUUUGACUUUCUUAAAGCUACGAAAUACAUGUAUUCUCCAGUUGGCAAAAUGAUAAUUCAAAUAUUUGCGAUAAAAUGUCACAUGGAAGUUUGUAUUGUUUCUACAAAAUGGAACUUAUGUGCAAUCCAAACACAUGUAAAAAAAAACGUUUUUCUUAAAGACAAGUUUCUGUGCAUAAUAUUGAUAUCAGCUUGUGCAUUGAAAGUGAAACAAGAUAGUGCCAUUGGUUCUUGUCUUAAUGUACUGUAAAACGGGUAUUAUGUAGGAGUAAAUUUUCAUGAUUUGGAAGUUAGUUAUCUUAUAAUUUAUAAUUUUUGCAAAUCAAUUUAUUAUCAUAUAUUUAAAGAACUGUUUGUUGUUUAUGCUUUUGGCAAUCGGAUUAGACAUAAUUUUGUACAGGGAAGGGUGUGGAGUGCAUUCAUAUGUAAUAAUAUGGAACACAAACAUAAUAAGGUGAUGGGUCCCUAAUAAUUUAUUCCCAAUUUCCAACAAUUGGGCUACUUUUAGCUAUACCAGUGAUUUCUGGUCAUACUAAUGUUUAUAGUAGCUCUUCACUGGUUUCAGGUUUGCAAAUUAAGACAUACAUCAUUUAUAAUCGAGUCGACAAAACUAACUUAAAAAACAGUCUAAGAUUGUUUAACCCCGGUGUAUACAAGUGAUUUAACAGUGGUUUGUUAAAGGCACUUGUUCUUAUUGAUAUUAAAUUGUGUUUAAAACAUAAUUUUUUACUUGAUCCUUUUACAACAUGGUGUGAUAUUUCUGCAUAAAACAUAGUUUUUUGCUUGGUUUUACAACAUAGGGUGGCAUUUCUAUAUAAGGCCCCAAAACACAUCACAGCUGGGUCUGGAUCUGGUGAGUUUGGCAAGGUCACCAUGUUUGGUGUCUUUUGACAUCUGGGUCUGUAACCAUUACCAGUUUUCAAUAUGCAUGUACAUGUAUGUUAACUGCAUUUAUAUCUUUAAAUAUAUUUUUUUCUAUAAACACCAACAAUAAUUAUGAAAAUCCUACAUUGAUUAAUAUAUAUCUUUCCUGUUGAUUAUUAAGAGUUAAAAUAUGGCUUGCACAGGCUGUAUCUGCCAGUCUGGCUGUGUGAAAAGAUAGCACAUCUUAUUCGCCUGUUGCCAGAUCUGUAGUUUAUGGUGUGUUUUGUCACAUUCGAUUCAGUGCAUUUUGUUUUUGCUUGAUACCAUACUCACCAGACCCAGACCCAGUUUCGGUGUGUUUUGGGCCUAAAACUAUUUUUUGCAUAAUCCUUUUACAAUAUGGGGUGAUAUUUCUGUAUGAAACAGUUUCUUGUUUGAUUCUAUUACAGUAUGGGGUGAUAUUUCUGUAUAAAAGAUUAAAACAGAUUGUUGCUCGAUUCUUUAUAUAACAUAGAAUUAUAUUUCUGAAUACCAUGCACUUUCUUGCUUCAAAUAAGAACUUUUUUUAAUCUAGUCAUGUAAAUUGUAUUUUAUUUAUUGUAUAAAUUUACCAAAAAAUUUCAAAUUUUAUCUGGAGACAAAACCCCCCAACCCUAAUUGGUCCACCUAUUGUUGUUUUUUCAUUCCCAAUCAGUGCUGCACCACUAGUAUAUCAAUGGCUGUGGUAUGUACUGUCUUGUCUGAUGGAAAGUGUACCGGUAUAUACAAUAUCCCAUGCUACAAAUGGAUAAAUGUAGCAAGUUUCCUCUAAAGACUAUGUUUGACAUCCAAUAGCCGAUGAUUAAUUAAUCAGUGUACUUCAAUGGUGUCAUUAAACAAAAUAACAAAACAAAUUUUAACUGUAACCAGAGUGUGUUGUUUUUAAUCAGUGAUCUGUUUAAUGUAACCUUUGGUCUUGGUGUGAGGUGUCAUGGUGACUUGUUUGAAUUUUAUACUUUUUUAUUUUUUUGUGAUUACAUUAAUAGGACAAGAAACAAUCAAACGGCAUCACAAUGUUGGCCCAACUUUAAUUUUUAUUACAAAACACUGUUAGGGGAAAAUAUAUUUGUCCAUAAUCCAUAUGCAUAUGCGUACGGAAAAAUAUAAAUGAAAUAUGCUCAACCCAUUCGCAUAGAUUGUGAUUGUUAUUGCACAUUAUGGAUUAUGUAUAUACAUGUACACACAGAUUAUGGAUAAAUGGAAUUGUGUCUUACACCAAACUUGGCUCAGUUGAUAGACAUCUGAUAGUUGUGCAAUCUCAUGAACAUCACUAGCAUGUAGGAUGGUGCAAUAGUAUCACAACAGACCCCCAACACCAGUGACUAACCACCAGUAAGCCAGAGUGGUCUGUCUGGCCAAAAUGACAGUUGGCUAAAAGUGGCUUUCCAUAUGUAUGAUUUCCACAUCUGUCAUCCAUCACACACAUUCUCGUUCCAGCCAGUGCACCACAACUGAUGUAUCAAAAGGCUGUGGUAUGUGCUAUCCUGUCUGUGGGAUGGUGCAUAUAAAAGAACGCUAGCCGCUAACUGAAAAGUGGCAGCAGUGGGUUUUCUCUCUCAAUAUAUCUGUGUGGUCCGUAACCAUAUGUCCGAUGCCAUAUAACCGUAAAUAAAAUGUGUUGACUGCAUCGUUAAAUAAAGCAUUUCCUUCCUUCCUUCCAUCACACACAAAAAAACACUUGCUUGCAAAACUUAUUGUACCCUUUCCAUUUGUCCAUUACAUGUCAUCCAACUCCCAUUUUUGUCAGAUGACUGUUGGACCAGGAAUUCAUGCAAUCAUGGGGCUUUCCCCACUUGUUUACAUGUGCUUUUUGUUUUUUAAACAAUAUUUAUUCAAAUAAAUGAAGUGGACCAGCAAACAUGCUGUAGGCCUAUAUAAAUCCCUCUCCAUGAGAUGAUGUUACAUACAGCAUAAAUUUAAAUGAUUGAUAAACUUGAAACAUAACAUUACAAAAAUAUAAAUAUUAUACAUGGCUAAUCCUUCCCAUAUUUGCCAAAGUGGCUACAGUAUUUAAUAAUUAACUGAUACAGUUUUGUUUAAAUUAGUCAUUUUUAAUACAUUUUCAAUAAAUACUCACGGGCCAAAUUUACAGUCUGUUUUUGUAAAAUUUGUGUAAGUACCGGAAUCAUAAAUAUAUGUCCUUACAUGCAUGUAUGACAAAACCAGGCUUAAAUUUGGUCAUAGAUAUUUUCAUAAUUCCUAAAAAUUCAUGUUUAAAAGGAUGAAUAUUUCUUUGCAGUGAGGGAAGUCUUGAUUGGCUGGGUGUUCCUGGAAAUAUGUAAUGCCUAGUGGAGUAUCUUUAAUUAUUGUUCAUGCUCUUUUUGAGGUUACCCCUCCUUUCCCUAGGAAAAAUCUACAUCCAUUUUUGUAUAUCAAGGUGGGAUAGAAGAUCAGUAUUCAAUAUGUUGUUAAAAAUAAGUAGGGGAUAUUCAAACAUAGUUGAAACUAAUUUGAACAGUGUGAUAUUUUAGUAAUAGCAAAUGAAUGGAAAAGCUGAAACAGUGACGUGACACAUUUCCAUCAAAUAUCUGCAGGGCUUUAACUUAAUGAUGGCAAUAAUAGCAAUUGUCAUCAAUGAGAUAUAAAUUACUAUCACUGAUGGCACUUUUGUGCUGCUGGAUAAAAAUUAUUGUCGUCAGUAAAGCUUCUCGAUGACAACAUGUGUACAUCUGGUGUACCGAUACAUUAUCUGCUGGUAUUUAAUAAAUGACACAAUAUGCAAACAGCAAAAUAAUAUUUUAGUCAUGUUUAUUUGUCGCAAAAGUAUUUUUUUUUAAAUUGCCAAUGGCAGGCUAAAUAUUGCUGUCGGUGGGCCGUUUCGGAUUUUUUAAUUACUGUUAACAUCAAAUUCUUAAGUUCGAGCCCUUAUACUAGAAUAUGAAGGUAUGCUCAAACCAGACCUAGAUAAGAGUGGGUGGUAGAGCUUGUGAAAUUCUAAGAUACUGGUAAUGACUAGAGUAAUAUAUAUAUGCAUUGAUUAUAAUGUGUAAAACUAGUGUGGUACGGUAGCUCUAAAUGGUAGCUGUUAUGGCAUGCUUUAGAUAAAAUGUUAGUCGGUUGGUGAAUUUUAACAUGCUUAUAUACCACUAAUGUUUCGAGCAGGUCUGUCCCAGGUGCCGUCUCUGGAUAGCCAGAGGACAGAUCCAGGACAGAUGAGAAAAUGUACCAAAUUUCUGAGACACCACAUGUCCUUGAUUGGGGAAGGUUUUGGGAUCAGGGCCACUCAUAGUUUGCGAAUCCUUAGUUUGCAUCAUGUUUCAUUCCAUGCUUACUCGUAUUUGAAUUAAAAUAUCCCCUACAUAUUUUUAACACUUACAUACUCAUUUGUUGUUAUCUGUAUGUUGUUUUAUAUUACUAAAUGGUCUACUGUACAUUACAUUUACUGAUCAUGUGAUAUUUGUUACUGUCAAAUUGUUUUGUAUGUGAAAUGUUGUUAUAAAAAUGUAAAUAG